AUGGUUCGGGGCAAAACUUACUCAUCCCAGAUCGUGAUACAUACGGCAUCAGCAGACCACCUCCCCUCUGUCGAAGCAGUUCUCAGCGGGAUCAGACAACGUGCCGCAGCUAACAUGUCCACCAUCUUCAUUCAUACUUCUGGGUCCAAUGUAGUUGGUGACAAUUCCAACGGUGCUCUCGAAAGUUCCAAAAUCUAUACCGACAAGACGCCAGAGGAUAUCAAUGCCCUUCCCGACUCUGCUUUCCAUCGAAAAAUUGACUUGGCAAUCAUCAAUGCCUCGAAAGAGCUGGGCGAGAAGGCGAAGCUCGCCAUUAUGAUUCCAACAGAAAUAUACGGCGUCAACAAAUCCCAUAAGCGCCAGUCCAUUCGUGUCCCCACCAUCACGCGCUUCGCACUCAAACAUGGAUUUGCCGGUCACGUAGGCAAAGGACUCGCGGUGGAGUCGCAGAUUCAUGUCCUGGACCUUGCGCGCGCUUAUAUUGUGCUCCUGCACCAUAUGGAGCGUGCUCCUUCUUCGAAAUUCGUUGACAACCCCUACUUUUUCUGCGAGAACGGGCAAGAGUUUAGCUGGAAAGGAGUAGCUGAGCUUGUUGGCGUGGAGUUGAAGCAGAGGGGUCUCAUCGAGGACGGUAUUCCAAAGGAGUAUAGUCCGGAUGUAGAUUUCGAGGAAUUAUUCGGAGAAUAUACAGGGGUGAUCAUGGGGUCCAAUUGCCGAUGUCGUGCGGUAAGACUCAGAGAACUGGGGUGGGAGGUACGUAUGGAAAUCUCCAAUGAGCACCGCAUCGUCUGA